AUGAUAAAAAGUUACUAAAUUAGAGUAAUUAAUUAUGAAGACAUAAAGUAUGACACCGAUGAUGAUUAAUUUUUCAAUUUUCAAUUUGAGGCUCCGCAAAAAGGAUCACUAGAUGAUCAAAACAGUAAUGACUUUUGGUUUAAAGUAUCUCAUCUUGUCCAUUAAAAAGUAAUUUCAAAUUAUCCAACAAUGAGAAGAUCUCUAUCUGUUGGUAAUAAGAACAUAAUUGAAUUGAAAAGGCAAAACUAAUUCAAGUACUUCUUGAAGUAUGUUGCUGAAAAGAAAACCUGUUCUGACAAUCUUCAUAGUACCACUAAAAAAUGA